AUGAUGUCCGCCCAGGGCGAUUCUACGCUUCGCUGCUUCUGCCAUAACGAAUCCAGCCGCGUCUGCAAUGCCCCGCGCUUGUACUCCAUACCCCACGUAUCCUCUUCCUCGCCAGCACCUCCCUCGCGUCGGGAUCCGCACAACACUUACCGCACGGCACUUCUCCCGCCUCUCGAGGCACCUUCUACAAGUUCUCGAGGAUUCUUCUGCUGGGAUCGAAAGCCGUCAGGAGGGCCUUCAGGACCAACACCAGCCUUCGUUGCCCUCAUAAAUCCCACGAAUGCCCCUCCCUACCAGGCUCCCCAGCCAGGGCACUUCUCCUUCAUGGGAUUCGCACCCCGCCCCGCAUACGACUUGUCACCUCGACACGCGCGUCAUCACGAAAUGCGCUUAAGGAUAGAGCGUCAAGCGCGACCAUCGCCAGCAGAGCGCGAGAGUCCGCCGUAUCACGAGGUCGAGUGCCCAGCGCGAGACACAGCACGCUUCUCACGUCCUGUGCGCCGUCAUUGCCCACACGCCGCCUCCGUCCCCCUCACGCCGUCUUCGUAUCGGACGCUAUCAUUGCAAAGAGGGCGACUCGCUCACCCUACGUCCGCCGCCUUCGUCUUCGCGCUCGGCCCUCCGCUCUGGCUCCUCCGCAUGCUUCUCUAUCAGCCUGCGUUCCCUCCUCUACUCAACCCCGCUAUCAUCUUGGUCUUCUCCUCUACCUAA